AUGAGCAAAGUCAAAGAGCUACAAACGGCACAAUUAGGAUCACCAGAACUGCUGGCGAAAGCUAAGGCUACUGACUUGAAGUCCAUGUUUAAUGACGAGAAAGUAUGCAAGCAAAUCAUCAGUGCAGCGAAACGGGUGUCCAAGAAGCGAGCAGCGGGCGAAGACAUUACUCCUUCGCCCAAGAAGUCGAAGAAGACCUCUGGAUAUGCAGAUCCAUCUGCGCCGCCAGCUGACCUGGAAGCGACGUUGGAGCUACCCACUAGCGUUCUAGACGAAGAUAAACUCUCGAAAGUUGUGGUCCAUAGCAAUCGGGCUCCGCUGUUCCUUGCCUUCACAUUAACGUUGUUGAGAUACGCAAUGCCGGAGCAGCCACUGUCGAGCAGAUUGAGUCUUGCCCAAGCAUUCAUUAGUACAAGCAGUCGAUCGAGAGCCGUAAGCUUAGGCAUUCAGACGCUCGACAGUGGCGAGGUAGAGGCAGAGCAGAGGCUCGCCGAGGGUCAGCCGACAGUCAAGAUCAUGGGCAAGGAGUUACCUGUGCUGCGACGAUGGGGCUAUGAGUGGCAGCGAGAAGAUGCGCCGACGGAUGAUGGUGCACCAGAACAUGAUUCUGGAGAGCAAGUGAGCAAGCUCAAAGCCAAUGCGGACAGGGAGGCUGUCAAAUUCGAGGAAGCCGAAGCACAAGAAGAGCAUCCAGCGCUAUGGGCCCUCGACCUCGAAGCUCUAAGAAAGUCCAAUAAGCACGACAUCUCAGCGGCCAAUGCCAAAGCAGGCAACAACAGUAACCUCCCAAUCUAUACUCCACAAUCUGCUCGAGCAUAUAUGGUCAAAGCCUUCGAUGCUCCAGCAGGCGAGAAGGGAACCAAGACUUCUGCUGCAUCUCGACUAGCGAUCAAAGAGCGGAAUUUAGGCCAUCUGCUUCGUGCGCUUGACAUGCUGUACAACUCGUGGACGUGCACCUUGACCUCUGACGAACUUGAUGGUCGGACAUGGGGCUGGUAUGUCAAGGUUCGGCCGGAUGUUGAGCAAGGCGUAGCUGGCUGGGGAGGGAAGAACGAGAUUAGACUUGCUGAUAUUCUGGACUUACGGCAUGGUAGAUAG